GUGGGGUGGGGUGGGGUGGGGUGGGAGCAGGUCUAGGGGAUCUCCACGCGGGUGUGGGGCAGGUACAGGCACUAGGCAGCAGGCCCCACUUUUAAGCUUCCGGCAGGACCUGUUACGGAGAGAAGAUGCUUAGUAACCAGUAAGCUAGGAACCAAAAGCCCAGUUACCCCCAAGUGCCGCAAGGCCACGAGGCCUCGCAGCGUCAACUGCCCCGUUUAAGUCAUUUCAGUCUUCGGAGCACCAUCUUUUUAGAUCUGUGCAGUCGGACAAUCCAGUCCUCGCGACCAUCAUCAGAUCCACGGGUCAGGGACUUCCCCAGCCGGAAGGAGAUGACCCGCGCUGUCUGAGAGCAAGGACUAUGGUCUUCUCGCAUUCGGGCCCGCGCCCCAGCCUCGGGGCAUAACAUUCUCCCUCCAAACUUCACGGCGUGAAGCCUCCGCUGCGAGCGCGCAGAAGGCUCGGCCGGAAGGGGCGGGCACUGCGCCCGGCGAGUGCUUCGAGCCAUGGCUUCUCGUGGCGUCGUUGGCCUUUUCUUGCUCUCUGCUCUCCCUCUCUUGUGUCUGGAGCUCCGGCGCGGGAUCCCGAGUCUCGAAUCCACCGCGCCCGCCCCUCUUCCGGAGCCGCCUCCGUUUCGCGGGAAAAGGUCUCUUGAUCUCUGCCCAGGGUCCGCUUGGAAAGGGACCCGAGUGAGAAGCGCGGGGACCUAUAGGAACUGUUCCGCCUUAGAGAGUGUGAGAGCCGGAAAUGAAUACACUGAUAGCCUGAGUGCCUUCAAGGCAUGGAGACUGAGCCUUAAAAGCCAGGAGCCUGGAAUCCAAGUUCUAUGCAUUAUUAAUGCUCAUAAUAUUUAUUUACGAGCAGCGGAACACUAUGUGUUCCUGAAGCAGGAUGUUUCCUCUAUAAUGCUUUUCUAUCAGUUUGUUGUGGUAGUGACCACCAUGUCCAACUUUACCACCCUGGAAGACUUAGGAAACCAAUCAGGAGGCUUAAUUAAAAAGUGUUUCUUUGUUUUGGAUUCAGAAGGAAAAAGGGAGAAUGAGAAAAGACAGAGACUUGUGAGGGAGAGGCAACAAGAAGCCCAGGGUGAGAAGGCCAGCAGAUAUAUACAGAAUGUUUUAAAGCCUCAGCAAGAAAUGAAGUUGAAAAAACUGGAAGAGCGGUUUUAUCAGAUGACGGGGGAGACCUGGAAACUGACCACUGGCCACAGACUCGAGGGGUAUGAAGAUUCGGAGUUUGAAAACUCAAGUCAGGCGUCUUUUGAAACAAUAAACGGAGAGGCAGCAAGAAGACAGAACUUGCCUAGGAUUUCAACUGAAAUUUCAGCACCUGCCCAGCCGAGGAAGGAGGUUCCUGAUUUACCUGCAGAACCAUCAGAAACAGCUGAAGAGGUAGUCACCGUUGCCCUUCGAUGCCCCAAUGGACGUGUUUUGAGGAGAAGAUUUUUCAAGUGGUGGAAUUCACAGGUCUUACUUGACUGGAUGAUGAAAAUUGGGUACCACAGAUCCCUCUACAGGCUUUCCACUUCCUUUCCCAGAAGGCCUCUGGAAGUGGAGGGAGGCUUGUCACUGGAAGACAUAGGAAUAACUGUGGACACUGUACUUAACGUGGAAGAGAAAGAGCAGAGCAGCCAGUAAAGAGGUCAGAAGUACCUGUUGUCCUCAACAGGACGGUGUUCACACUCAAGCCACGCUGUAUCUUGAGCUAGCUCCUCUUGUCCACAGGUGUACCCACGCCCACACACUGUGGAUGAGGAUUGCUUUGCAUGUGAUGGUCUGUGACCUCUGUCAUCUUGUAAUGUGAAACGAGGUAAAAAGCACAUAGAGUAAGACAGAGACAUCUGAUGUAGGUCUCAGCUAGGCAUGGUGGGACAUGCCCUCAACUCCCACAAUUUCUGAGUUAGACCAUCCUCAAAAGAAACCAAACCCUAGCUCAUAGAAGAACUGAUUCCUGCUUGCAUCUACCUUACCAAAUAGUAUUUCAUAAUUCAGUUAAAAUCUAAGGAGGAAUGUAGAAUCUAUUGCAUUUCUAAAAAUUUAAAGAACUUCCAGAGCCAACUGAUCCUAUAUGAUUUUGACUUAGAUCUGGGGAUGAAGGUUUUGAUCUAUGAACUUUGGGCAACAUAUUAAAACUACAGCAAACAAGGC